CGUUUCGUCAUCAGGAUGGAGGCGGACAACUAUUUGACAGUUUGUUAGAUAGCUAACCAGCCCCGAAGUGAAGGAUUCUUUCAAAUAGUUUUGAUUUAUACGUGUGCCAGUUUGGUCGUUACAUCGACUCUAAUCGUACAAUGUCCUCGUUUGACGAUAACAACAAAGAAAGGCUGCGUUCUGUGUCUGUGGAUUUAAACAAUGAUGCAUCUCUUCUCAUCGACAUCCCCGACGCGCUCUGUGAAAGGGAUAAAGUCAAGUUCACGGUCCACACAAAGACCACACUAAGCUCAUUCCAGAAGCCAGAGUUCUCUGUUCCCAGGCAGCAUGAAGACUUCAUCUGGUUACACGACACUUUGGUUGAAACUGAGGACUACGCUGGUCUAAUAAUACCCCCAGCCCCCCCAAAGCCUGACUUUGAGAGCCCCAGAGAGAAGAUGCACAAACUUGGGGAAGGUGAAGCCACUAUGACAAAAGAGGAAUACACUAAAAUGAAGCAGGAGCUGGAGGCUGAAUACCUGGCUGUCUUCAAGAAAACCGUUCAAGUUCAUGAAGUCUUCCUGCAAAGACUGUCGUCUCAUCCCAUUUUAAGCAAAGACAGAAACUUUCAGAUUUUUCUGGAGUAUGACCAGGAUCUGAGUGUCAGGAGAAAGAAUGCCAAGGAGAUGUUUGGAGGGUUCUUUAAAAACAUGGUUAAGUCUGCAGACGAGGUCCUCAUCGCUGGAGUAAAGGAAGUGGAUGACUUUUUUGAGCAGGAGAAGACGUUUUUGCUCGACUACUUCAGCAAGAUAAAAGAUGCCACUGCCAAGGCGGAGAAAAUGACACGCUCUCACAAAAAUAUUGCAGAUGAUUACAUUCGCCUUUCUGCCACUUUAAACAGCCUGUCUGCCGAAGAGAGCACAGCAAACAAGAAAACCUUGGACCAUAUCUCCGAUCUGUUUGAGAAGCUCAGAAAAGUGGAAGGGAGAGUGGCAUCAGAUGAGGAGCUGAAACUCACAGAGUUACUGAGAUAUUACAUGAGGGACAUCCAAGCUGCAAAGGACCUUCUGUACCGGAGAGCCCGAGCUUUGGCCGACUACGAGAACUCCAACAAGGCGUUGGACAAAGCUCGGCUCAAAGGCAAGGACGUUUCUCAGGCAGAGGAGCACCAGCAGCGCUGCCUGCAGAAAUUUGACAAUCUCUCAGAGUCUGGAAAGAAAGAACUCACUAAUUUCAAGGCCAGACGUGUUGUUGCCUUCAGGAAGAACCUGGUCGAAAUGGCUGAGCUUGAAGUAAAACACGCCAAGAACAACAUGACUCUUUUGCAAGGAUGCAUUGAGCUGCUCAGCAGUAACUGACAGAUUCGCCAGCAGCAUUCACGUCCCUCCUUCAGCGAGCGGCUGGCCGUCUUCAGUGCCGUACAUGGACACGGAUUGAAGGCCCCUCUCCCUCCACACCUGGGUCUGAUGCCACUUUGUAAGCACAGCGUCUGUAUGUUUACAAAGUCCUUCUCCUCUUCAGCCGUGGAGCUCCGUCUGACUGAGACGGUCAGAAUUCACAUCUGUAUUUUUGCAGCACUCAUGGAUUUGACACUUUGCUCCUGCACUUCGUUGUAUUUCCUGCCUUUUGAUGAUGUUUUUGCCUUCAUUCUUGUCCGUGUUUCUCAAUAAUCUUGAAAAACAGCACCUCUUUCUCUUCAUUUAUGUCUUUUUGUGUAAACAGUUUUCCACAUAAGCAGCACCAGUUUCUGAGAAGUUAUUCCUGGGCUUUCAGGCUUCUGACAGGAGUUUACAAACACACCAGAAAGUUUUGAUUUUUACAAAAACAAAUUAGUUGGGAUUGAAGAAAGCUGCACUAAACCGCAGGAACCGGGCUGUCGGAUCCAUCGCCUUACUUUCACAUCUCUGUGAUGGAGGAAAUGAGUCAAAUCCAGGCUAAAAACCCACAUGAAGCAAUAUGUGAACCGAAAACGCUCAUUUGCACCACAUGUCCUCAGCAUCUCAUUUAUCCCAUCCAGCUCAGCGUGUUGCUCGUGUUGUUUCCUUUUCUGUGUUACUGAUGUGGUUUCAUUUAUUAGACUUAAUAUAUUUCAACUAAGAUGCAAGGAAAAAAAGAUGCACUAAUGAUAUUGGAAGAAGUUUUACAAUCAAGCCGAGCUCAGUGGAUUGUUGAAAUGCAUUAUAGUUUUUUAUGAAAUUGAAUGUAUUUCUAAAAGAUUCCAACUAUGCGACUUUCUUUUCAAUAUACUUUUCUAGUGAAACAUUUGCCUUUUAUAAAUUUGUGAUAAUGACAUUGAAUAAAACUCUACUUUCCCAAAUCUCA